CGGAUCCAUAAAUCGCAGCCGUCCAUUGUUAUCCUUCUAUCCUCCCUUGGAACGUCGGGAAUCAAGAGUGUCGGCGAUGGGCGGCAAGGGACAGCGGCGGCGGGAGAAAAACUACCUGGCCGCGCACGGCGCCGCCAGCCGCCUUCCUCCUCCUCCCAACCCUAAGGAGCUCGAGGCCAUUCCCUCCAAGCUCCGUAAGCUUAUGCUGUUCAAGAACCCUCCUCCCUCCGGAGCCGGUUCAAGUCCUGGGGAUGCCCCGCCGGAGAAGAGGAAGGCAAUUGCUGCUGUUGACAUGAAAUGGAAGAAAAAGGACUCGAAAACUAUGGAUGUUAAGGAACAAGCAUCAAACCUACAUAUGAGUGACAAAGGUGCAACUACAGAUGCGAGCUUGAAUGAGAAAUCAAAAAGGAAACGAAAGAGGAAGGCAGUGAGUGAUCUUCGGUUUCUGAAUGAAGUUGCCACUCCUUCAAAGAAAAAAGACCGGAAGAAAGAGUUUCUUCAAGCAAGAAAAAAGAAACAUAAGAAAGCAAACACAAAUGAUGAAACAGAUUUUCCUGCGAGAGAAGAAAUAAAAUUUGGUGAUGUUGUUCAGGCUCCACCAAAAUUAUCAUUUACAAAGUUACCAAUGGCUUCCAUGGAUGCAUCACGGGAACGAUUUCGAUUAGAGGCAAUUGAAGCUUAUAGGAACCAGAGAAACUGGGUAUCAAGGCCUGGAACGAAACUUCCUUCACUAGCUGAAGUCCCAUAAUUAUAACCAGAGUUUUGUUGAUUUUUACUUGUCAUGUGAAAUGCAAGAUUCAUUCAGCAGAAGACUAUUGUUCACACCAAAUUUUGUUAUUAUUUUCUCUUCAAUCUCAAUUUCCUUGAGUGGUUGGUUGUGAUCUGUAUUCCUUGAUUUUUUUCAUCUUUUGGUAAUAUAUCACAAUUAGCUUC